AUGACGACCUCCUCCGCCGCUGCUGGGCCGCCGUUGCUCAAAUUCACGGGCUCCAAAUUCCUUGUACAGCGCCUCGUGCUCGCGACUCUGACUGGCCGAGCGAUUCGUAUCUCUCAAAUUCGAUCCUCCUCCCUUUCGGCGCCGGGUCUUGCACCUCACGAGGUCUCGUUCCUUCGCCUGCUUGAUGCCAUCACCAAUGGUUCUGCCAUUGAGUUCUCCUACACUGGUACUACCGUCCUAUAUCGCCCAGGCCUGAUCACUGGUAGCGCUCCAGGUCACGGUGCUUCGGGCGGUGUCAUUCGACAUGAACUUCCAGCAGAUUGUACGCGAGGUGCCAGCUUCUUCCUGCUUCCACUCUGUCUUCUCGCGCCGUUCUCCAAAGCGCCGAUCAACGUCCUCCUGACCGGCUCCGGUGUCAUCACCGCUGCCACGCCUACCGGAGAUAUCUCUGUUGAUACUAUUCGCACGGCGAUUCUGCCUUUGUUCAAGAGCUUCGGCAUCGAGCGCAAUCUCGAGCUUCGGGUCCUGCGCCGCUCAAAUGCCGGUCCGAAUGGUGUGGGUGGUGGCGGUGAAGUUCAGCUAGUCUUUGGUCACCAGGUCCGCUUACCAACGACAAUCCACCUACUCGAUGCGGGCAGGAUAAAGCGCAUUCGCGGUGUAGCAUAUUCCACAGGUGUCGCCGGAGCCAACAAUGCUCGCCUGAUCGAGGCAGCGAGAGGAGUGCUGAACGAGUUUUGCCCUGACACAUACAUCUACUCCGACGUAAGCUCAGCGCCAUUGAUCCCGGAUUUGAGCAAGAGUCACAGUGGUGCGAAGAAAAAGAUUGGCUUGGGCUUCGGGCUCAGUCUUGUAGCGGAGUCAAAUACCGGCGCGUUAUAUUCGGCUGAUCUGGCGAGUCCGCCAUCAGGAGGCAUCAUCCCUGAAGACAUCGGCAAGAACUGCGCUUAUCAGUUGCUCGAAAGUCUUGCCCAAGGUGGUUUCGUGUCGGGAGUGGCAGCACCCACAGUGCUAAGCCUCAUGGCGAUGGGCAGUGAGGAUGUCGGUCGCCUGUGUCUUGGCAAGGAUGUUUUGGGCAAGGAAGAGGUGAUACAGCUGGCUCGUGAUUUACAUGAGUUUGGGAUGAGCGGUUGGGGCCUCAAAGAAGACGGCGAGGAAGGAGGGAAUGAGGUAGUUGUUAGCAUUGUCGGUCGUGGUGUUGGUAAUGUUGGAAGGAAGAUUGCUUGA